AUGACAACCCGACCACCUCCAGCCCCAACAGCUUCAGAUGAUGGAUCAUACUAUGAUCUUGGCACGUACCACCGAGACGUGACCACCGGCAACAAGGAGGCACAGACAUGGUUUGACCGGGGCCUGAUAUGGUCCUACGCUUUCAACCAUGAGGAAUCCGCGGCCUGUUUCCAGCAGGCCAUCGACCUCGACCCAGACUUCCCCAUGGCUUACUGGGGGCUGGCCUAUUCCCUGGGCCCGAAUUACAACAAGCCGUGGGAAUUCUUCGAGGGGCGCGAGAUGGAUACCACAGUUGAAAGGUCCUAUCGGGCAGUGAAGCAUGCACUCGAGAUCUCGGCCAAGGCGACCCCCGUCGAGAUUGCUCUGAUCAAGGCACUCAAGCAACGCUAUCCUCAGGAGCAUCAAAUACCCCCAGACACAAAGGACCCAGCCCACAGUGCAAUUUGGAACAAGGCCUACGCCGAGGCAAUGCGUGGCGUGUACGAGGCCCACCCUGACGACCUGGACGUCGCGGCCCUGUUCGUUGAUUCGCUGAUGAACCUCACGCCCUGGAAGCUGUGGGAUAUCCGGACGGGGGAGCCAGCAAAGGGUGCCUACACUCUGGAAGCAAAGCAGGCCCUGGACAAGGCAUACGCGCAGGCAGGCGGCGACAGCCACCCGGGUCUGCUACACCUUUGGAUCCAUCUCAUGGAGAUGAGCAGCAAUCCGGAGGCUGCCCUGCCCCGGGCCAACAACCUCCGCCAGCUCGUGCCGGACGGGGGCCACCUCAACCACAUGCCCUCGCACCUCGACGUCCUCUGCGGGCACUACAAGGACGCCGUCGACGCCAACUCGGCCGCCAUCAUCGCCGACGAGAAGUUCCUGGCGCGGGCGGGCGCCAUGAACUUCUACACGCUGUACCGCUCCCACGACUACCACUUCCGCAUCUACGCGGCCAUGUUCUCGGCCCAGUCGAGGGUGGCGCUGGAGACGGUGGCGCGGCUCGAGGCGUCGCUCCCCGAGGAGCUCCUGCGCGUCGAGUCGCCGCCGAUGGCCAACUGGCUCGAGGCGUUCGUGGCCGUGCGCGCGCACGUGUACGUGCGGUUCGGGCGGUGGGAGGACAUCCUGGCGCUCCCGCUCCCCGGGGACCAGAGGCUCUACAGCUUCACGACGGCGGUGUACCUCUACGCCAAGGGCCUCGCGCUCGCGGCGCUGGGCCGCGUCGACGAGGCCGAGCUGGAGCGCGGGCGGUUCGAGGCGCAGCGCGCGACGGUGCCCGAGUCGCGCACGCUCUUCAACAACACGUGCGUCCACAUCCUGGGCAUCGCCAGCGCCAUGCUCGCGGGCGAGGUCGAGUACCGCCGGGGCAACGUGGAGGCGUCCUUUGAGCACCUCCGCGAGGCGAUCCGGCGCGACGACGGGCUCGAGUACGACGAGCCGUGGGGUUGGAUGCAGCCCACGCGGCACGCGCUGUCGGCGCUGCUGCUCGAGCAGGGCCGCGCGGGCGAGGCGGUGGCUAUUUACCGGGCCGACCUCGGGGUGGACGACACCCUGCCGCGGACGUUCCAGCACCGGAACAACGUGUGGUCGCUGCACGGGUACCACGAGAGCCUGCUGAAGCUCGGGAGGGAGGACGAGGCGCGCGAGGUCGAGCCGCAGCUGAAGGCUGCCCUGGAGGUGGCUGACGUGCCCAUCAGGUCGUCAUGCUUCUGCCGGUUGAAGCUGUGA